UAAAUUUUGAAAAUUUCCGCGGAAAAUAUUUCAAGUAAUGAUUCGACUGUAACAUCUUAAAUAUCAUAUAUAACUCUAAUGCACUAAUACACACAAUACAUAAUAUAUUGUUCCACAUUGUCAUUGCCUUGAUAAAUCCGCAAAAUGCCUCCAACGAAACGAAAAAGUAACGUUGCCAUGGAGAACACAAGUAAAAGGCUGCGGUCACUAAGAGACACACUGAACACUGAUGACAACGGAAGUCCUUUAACACCUAAGAUUGGGUUGUCGUUGCUUCAGAGAAUGGCCAAUAAAAUGAAUAACACCACUCUGACAACAUCACAUAACAUAACUGACAUCUCUCAGUUGGUUCCUACUGGUGAAAGUACAAGACUGUCAUUUGCUCAAGGCCCAGCUUCCCAGUCACAACACAGUCAGGAUCAUACGAAACAUAAGGAUCUAGAAAAUCAAGAAACUGGGGAAGAGUCAUUCAGUAAGCCAGGACCAAAGUCAAAAACGAGAAGAAAGCCAAAACAGAGCCACAGAGUCCUUAGAGUGAGAAAUUCAUCUUUAAAUUACCAGGAAAAUCAGGCCAUAGAUAUGUCACCAAAUGAUCAAAAUGAUAAAACAGAAAGAGAACCUGCCUGGAAAGAAGUGAGUAAAACAUUUGAAGAACAAAGAAAGAGACGAUUAAGCUCAAAAUCUAGAAAAUCUACAAUAAUACAAUCUGUUAUUGAGGAAGUCUCUGCCGAAGCCAUAGAAGUAGAUCCACAUGAUAGACACACUGAGAAAAAUCAUUCAAAGUCAGAUAGAUCUAACAAUGAAGACGAUGCACUACAACAGAAUGUUGAUGAUAACGAGCAAGAUAAACUUAAUGAAGAGGAAGCUGUACCAAGUGUUAACAAUGAAAAGACCAUUGAAUCUGAUGCUGCUGAAAUGGGUUCUACAGGUGGAGAUAUAAGCGGAGAAGUGUCUAAUGAUAAUCAGGAGACUAAGAAGGGCAAUGGUAGCGAUGAGAAUGAAAGAUCUGAAGAUGCUUCACAGAAAGACAACAUGCUUUCCUUAGAUACAAGCAGACAAGUGCAACAUAAUACAAACAAUUAUGGAAAUGAUGGUAAUGAUGACAGUGACAACAAUGAUGAGCAAGAUGACAUUAUACAAAGAGGACAACAAAGGAGUACAAACAAUCAAACAAAAACAUCUAAAAGGAUGGAUUAUUACAAAUCAAUGAUAAGCCAGCUCAGUUCACCAAAAGUACAAAAGGGACCAACACAAGGAGGUGUUGGUAAGAGAACAGAUUCUGAGGGCCCUGAGAGCCAGGAUAUCGAGGCUCCUCAGACCUAUGACACACCAGAGAACAAACAUACUGAUGAAGAGAUGAAUAACAAAGGUGAUGAAGCUGAAAUGAAUCAUGAAGUUGAUAACAAUGAGAUGAAUGAUAUAAAUGAUGAGGUUAAUAAUGAUGAGAUAAGUGACAGUGAACACAGUGAUGUGGAACAAAAAGAAAAUGAAAAAGAUGAACAUGAAAAUGAUGAUGAUGUUCAGAUGUUGAAUAAACAAAAUGAAAAUGAUGAUGACAUGAAUAAGGAUGAUGUGGAUCAAAUUCCAACAGUGAAAGCAUCAAAAAUUGCCAAUCAGAGAGAUGUAGAAUCACAUAAUGAAGAAAGUGUAAACCAUGUGAAAAAACAAAGGAAAACUAAAUCGAGACAAAAAUCAGGAAAAUCAAAAAGUAACACAAAGGAUGUUAACCUAAGUUCAAAUAAUCAAACUCCCGCAAAAAAUGCAAUUGAUGAAGUGUUAACAGAGGAGUCUAAAACACAAAAUAUGGAUGAACAACAGUUUCAAAUGUCAAAUAAAGACUUUACCUCACACACAAAGGGACAAAAAGCUCAAGCUAAGAAAAAAGCAAAGCACUCAAGAAGAGAGGACAUUAAUGAUGUUGAAGAUGUCAUUGAGUCUAGUAAUAUGGUUCCAAGGACUGAAGAUGUUCUCCAGAAAGGAAAAAGAGGAGACAAAGAUGCUGGGCGGAUGAAAAGCAAGGAUGAAAGAAAGAACCAACUGGAAAACUUAACAAAGAUUGAUUCAUCUAUGGUGUACAAGAAGCUAAAGAGAGAAGUAGUGAAAGGUCUGGCAGAAUGGCAUCCUGAUGUGGUAGCAAAAGAACUUGCAAGAUCUAAAGCAUUAUUGAAAAUGGUGAAGAAACUUGUUAGGUCCAACAUGAGCAACGAGUACAAAGAUAGUAAUCGUCUCUUCCAGCUACUAAAAUUGAGAUGACAACUUGUUGGUAAAAUAACAUUGCUGGUGGUGAAAUAAAAUUAUUGAUGGUGAAAUGACAUUGCUGGUGGUGAAAUAAAUUAUUGAUGGUGAAAUGUCAUAGCUGGUGGUGAAAUAAAUUAUUGAUGGUGAAAUGACAUAGCUGGUGGUGAAAUAACAAAACUGGCUUUGAAAUGACAUUAUUGGUGGUGAAAUGACAUUGCUUAUGGCCAAAUGACAUAGCUGGUGGUAAAAGAACAUUGCUGGUGGUGAA